CCUUAAUUCAUUUCAGGGAUUAUGACAACUUCAGGUGGUACAAUGUUGAAUUAUGGUCAAAGGAAUUCUCAGGAUUCUCUUUCUGGCCAGCCUCAAAGAGGAAUUAACAACAUGGCUCAGGGAUCAACAACAGGUCAUAUUCAUAAUCCUGGCCCACAUGUUCUAGAUACCCAAUUUGAUCAGUCCCAAUCUGCCAAUUUAAUCAUCCACCAUGUGAAAGGGUUGAAAGCUUACUCAAUAAUUUUGAACUCUGCACCAUUUGGUAUCAGAUUGUACAAGAUUGUAUUUGGGACUCUUAAAAGUUAUCAGAGAUGGUCCAGUGCAUCAAAUAAAUCCACAAUCAUCUUUGACAGAGGCUCAACAAUACCCAGCUUCUUUUGGUGAUGCAGUAGAGAAGUGGUUUUUUGAGCGCCAUGAUUCUUGUUAUAGGAAUGGUAUUGGGAAUCCACCUGGAAAUGGAGUCUUGCCAAAUUUUCAACUUAAGAUUGA